AUGCGAGGACUCGCUGUUGUGCUGCUGUUCUGUGGUUUGCUUUCACCAGUGUCAGCUCUGCUCCCAGGGCCUCAUACGUGUGUUCGGACAGUCGUCAGAAAGGUGAACGUAACGAAAGCUACGAUCAUACCACAUAUCGUCCAAACCCACACCUACUGCUUUCCGAAAAUCAAUUGCGUGAAGAACAAAACGGAAUACUCGCGGGGAUUCGAAACGGUCGAGGAAGAGCGUUACGAUUCGGAGAACUUCUGCUGUAAUGGAUACCAGCUGUCCGUCGACGGCAAGAGCUGUCAAGCCACUUGCGAUCCACCGUGUCUGAACGGAGAUUGCAUUGGACCGAACACCUGCCUCUGCCCACCGGGCUACGGAGGCUCCCAAUGUCAGAUCAACUGCACUCCAGGAUUUUGGGGCGAGAACUGCGAUCGCGCCUGUCCCUGCAAAAACGGAGCGUCCUGUGACGCCGUCACCGGGAAAUGCAAUUGCAAACGCGGCUGGACAGGAGACACUUGCGACGAGCAGUGUCCCCCGAAGAGAUACGGCCAAGACUGCGAUCAGGUCUGCCGGUGCAAGAACGGCGCGAGCUGCGACCCGGAGUCGGGAGCUUGCAAGUGUGCGCCGGGCUACCGCGGUCCUCUGUGCAACGAGAAAUGUCCUCACGAUACCCAUGGAGAAAACUGUCAAAGCAAAUGCAAUUGCCAGAACGACGCCGAAUGCAAUCCAAUUAACGGUGCGUGCAUCUGCAAGCCCGGUUGGAGCGGCGAGGUUUGUGCCAACACUUGCCCUCAAGGAUAUUUCGGUGCCGAUUGCAAAGAGCGCUGUUCGUGCUACAACAACGCCGACUGCGACGCCGAGUCCGGAAAAUGCAUCUGCCCGCCAGGUUACAUGGGCGAAAAAUGUGAGGACUUCUGUCCGACAGGUCACUGGGGGAAAAAUUGCUCCUUCAGCUGCGACUGUGCGAACGGUGCCACCUGCGAGACCUCGUUGGGGAAAUGUGUCUGUCCCGAAGGCUAUACUGGUGACCGCUGCGAAAAUCGCGCCUGUCCGGACGGUUACUUUGGCAAGGACUGCAGAGAGCGCUGCCAAUGCAACGCGAACCACACAGAGCACUGCCACCCGGUUUCGGGCGAAUGUGUCUGCAAACCCGGCUGGUUCGAGGCGAUUUGCGAACGGUCUUGCACGCCGGGAACCUACGGAAGGAACUGUGGCGAGAUCUGCGACUGCAAGAACGGAGCUAUGUGUGAUGCCGUCAACGGAACCUGUACGUGCGAGCCCGGAUUCUACGGUAACAAAUGCAACUUUACCUGUGCCGCAGGGACGUACGGCCAAGGAUGUCUGCAGAAGUGCGAUUGCGAACAAGGUGUCGACUGUGACAAACGCACCGGCGUAUGCCAAUGCCCACCAGGACAUUACGGAGUCGCCUGUCAAUCGAUCUGUCCCUUCGGUCAGUUCGGUAGCGGUUGCGUCCGAAAGUGCUUCUGCGAUCACGGCGGGGACUGCGACGCCGAAACAGGAGAUUGCAUCUGCACUCCUGGCUACCGUGGCGAGAGAUGCGAUCAGAAUUGUGCUUCCGGACGCUAUGGACAGGGUUGUAUGUUCCAUUGUCAAUGCGAACGGGACAACUCCCUGGGUUGUGACCACGUCACGGGAGCCUGCAAGUGCAAGCCCGGUUGGAGGGGCGCUCGAUGCGAAACUCAGUGCGAGCAGGGCCUGUGGGGUCCUUCGUGCGAGGAAAAAUGCGAAUGUGGUCACGACUCUCAUUGCGACCAGUAUAGCGGUCAGUGUUACUGCAGCCGCGGUUACACCGGGGACAAGUGUUCGAUCAAGUGUCCCGCCAAUUAUUUCGGCUUCAACUGCAACCAGCAGUGCCCGAAGUGUCAAAAUGCCCACGAAGGAUGCGAUCACAUCGACGGCGGGUGCAAAUGCCUGCCCGGAUGGUCUGGACCGCUUUGCGAGAAACCAUGCCCGAAAGGAAGUUACGGGGAAAACUGCGGGCGCCAGUGUACGUGCAAGAACGACGCCGACUGCGACCCGGUAACCGGCGAGUGUACGUGCAAAGCAGGCUGGACCGGUAAAAACUGCAACGAUACCUGCGCGGAGAACUUUUUCGGAAUCGGCUGUCGCCAACGAUGCGACUGCCGCAACGGGGCCCGAUGCCGGAACAACGACGGCCAAUGCGUCUGCACGCCGGGCUGGGUCGGGAGCCGUUGUACGGAAGGAUGUCAGAACAACAUGUACGGCGACGGCUGCACGUUCCCUUGUCUGUGUGAUUCGGAACGGGAGGUCUGUCUUCCGGUUGAGGGCUGCGUUUGCAGAUUCGGUCAGGAGAGCGGGGGCUGUACGCCUCGAUCCGAGCCCUUGACUCUGGCCUCGCAAGGCAAGGAAAGCACCGGUUUGGCGACGACUCUGAUCCUCCUCGGCUUAAUAGUUGUCAUCGCGAUCAUCGGAUUAGUGAUCAUGCAUUAUCGGCGAAUGGUAACCGGACUGAAGCGUGAGCUCGCCAACGUCUCUUAUCGCCGCGACCCACCCGAGCCAGCGGAUCAAACUCAUUUCGACAAUCCUGUUUACUCGAUGGCGCCCCCCGUUCAGACGGCGACCCAUCCCAAGACUCUGAACAACGGAUUGAAAGUCAGUCUUCCUAAACCGUUGGCCUGGGAGCGGGAAAAAGUCGCUGCGUUCGAUAACGACUUCGGCAGCGCGUCGUGCAGCUCCGUCGAAGCUUUCAGGAAGAAGAUGCUCGAAGCGGACAUGGUCGCCGACGAGUACGAGAAAGAUUGUGACUUCAACUUCCGGCCCGACAUCUAUCAAACGAUCGACGAGUCGAAGGCUCUGAACAAGGAGCCGUUCUACUGUGAACUCAAUCAUAAGAAGGAACCGACCUUCGAUUGGGAUCUGCCAGAAGUUCCCGCACCGGUGGCUCCGAAGAGCAUUGCACCCACAAAUCCCUUCGGUGGGGUAAGUCCCACCCGUGACGAGAAAAAAUUGCUCAACGUGACACCGCUACCGCCCCAGGACCUCAACCUGAAUUCAGAUACGUUGAGGAGAGCAUCAGGGAGCAACAGUGGGAGCAGCUCCGGGAACGAGAGCACGGGGCUCGAAUACGACCAUCUCGACCACAACAGGCCAAAGACCGAUGUUCAUCCGGGCUACUUCAAAAUGUCGAGCAACAUGAGCUCCAGUAGCAACAACGUUAAUCUCAAUACGAGCGCGAGCAGCAACAACAACAUCACCAGCCCGAACAAGUGA